AUGUCUGUAAGUAGUCGACUUCUUAGCCUCGCAGCGAGCGAAGAGCUCCAAGCUAAAGGCCGGCCGCCACGCACGAAGCGCUAUGGCGCGAAGUUUGCAACGGGGUUCCUCGAGUUCUACAGGCAGUCUGAAAUGGCGGACUGCACGGUGGUUGGUCCUGAUGGCCGCGAGUACCAGCUGCACGGGCUCUUGCUUGCCUAUCAUAGUGAGUUCUUCCGGCGCGCUCUGUCUUCGGAGUUUAAGGAGGGCCAGGCGCGGCGGAUUGUGUUGCGGUUCGAGGACUCGGGCAACACUUGGUCCGCCCUCAUAGAGUAUUUUUACACGGAGGAAAUCUUGUUGACGGACGCCAACGUGUUGGCGCUCUUUGCCGCGUCCAGAGAGCUUAUGAUCCCCGCCAUCCAGGACUUUUGCGCGGACUUUGCCCAGAGCUCCCUGGACUCAUCCAACGCCAUUCAGUUUCUGUCUCAGGCGGUGCAGUACAACUGCGACCAGUUCAGAUCCAGCUGCGUGGCUCUGGUGGCGCAGUCCUUCAACACGUGCUGCUUUAAGCCCACGGACGGCCUGCCCGUGGAGGUAAUGUUGGAGAUUCUUGACCACCCGCAGCUGUACGUCCAGACGGAGGAGCAGGUUCUCCUGUUCGUCCAAAACUACGUCCGGCGUCACCAACUCGACGCCGACACCAUCCGCGCGCUUUACCGUACAGUACGACUGCCGUUCCUUUCCAACGAGCGCCUCGCCGCCCUGACGCUCGGCAGCGUUUGCGGCGAUGGUGGAAUCCGCGGAUUGGGUAAAGGCGGCGACGGAACGGAUGGCCGAGUGGACGCGUCCGGCGUCGUUGUCGCCGUCGCCGCCGGCGGACCCAUGGGUCAGGGCCCUCCCAAGGACCUCUUGCUUGCCGCGAUGGCCCAGCGGCUUUGUUGGAUUGACCAUCCGGAAAGGCUGCCGCCGGCGGCUGGCGGCGGCGUCGGCGGCGGAGGACUUGGCGGCGGCUCGGCCCCAGGCGACUCGAGUGACAGCGGUGGCGGGGGGAGCGGGAACGGUACCGGUACGGGUACCGGCGCAAGCAGGAUGUUAGGCGGAUUGCUGGGAUUUGCAAAUGGGGCCAGCGAUAUCAACGGGGACAUGGCUGGGGUGACGGCGCCGCGGAAGACGUACUGCUGUUCGAUAGAGUACGGCCUUCCUGGUGGCAGCGAGUACGUGUCAAUACCGAUGGAGGCGGUGUGGGACGACCUGGCCGCCAACCUGACGGUCCGCGUGUCAGGCGAGACAGAGGGGGAUCCGGACUCCAUCCUCCGCACGCUCGAUGAUCCCGCCUCCUGGUUCAAUGUGACGGGUGAUGACCCCCUGCGCCCCGUGUGGGUGGAGGUGGUUUUCCCGCCGCACAUGCGAGUGGUGGAGCUGACCAAAUACACGUUUUCACAUGGCAUGAAUAUGUCGGCACAUAUGUUUCCGUACGGCAUCAGUGACUCAUCCUGGUUUCAAAUGAAGGGUAUGUGCACGCAGGUCGUGUGGCGCCGACUCCGCAUCGUGGCGGGCGAGGACGGCUCUCAGCAAGUCCGGCUGAGCAUCCGUCGUCUGAAGCUGUAUGGCCGUGUGGAGGUCAGCCUGCUGCGAGAGCCGGACGGCCGGGACGUGGUGGCGGCGUGGCGGCGGCGCAAGGAGGCGGAUACGGAGCUAGUAUGGCAGCGGCCGGCCCUGACCCCCGACGAGUUGGCUCUCUUGGAAAAAUCCGCCUCGAGCGACGGGCUGUACUCCAUUCGUGUCAAGACGGACCGAGGGACACUGUUAUCAUCCGUGCCGGCCAAGUGCCUGCUGUUGGAUAACUUAAAGGAGCAGGUCGAACUCCAAGCCGGCCACGACGGCUUCAUUGAGUCCUUCAAUUAUGGCGUCGAGUCCUGCUCAUCCGCUGGUGCACCGGGGGCCGCUGCUUCCGGCGGCGGCGGCGGCGGAAUCCCCGAUGGCUCUGGCACCGGCGUGGGGCCCCGGCCUGACCGACUGCCCGUGCAGGUUAAGGUGCCAGCGCAGGGCCCGACGCUACUCAUGCCUGAGGUGUUGGGCGAGUUCUCCGACGUGUAUGUGGAUGCGACGGAGGCGGGAAGUGUGGGCGCCGCGGCGUACGAUCCUAACGCCAAGCCGCGGACGUUGCCCUCGGGGGGAGCUGGUGGCCAGGCAGGGGCGCGGAGGGGCGGGCCGCCGCCCAAGGAUGAGCGGACAUGGCUGCAGAAGAACUGGCUUUACGUGGUGGCCAUCGGUAUGAUGGUCCUCAACGUCGUCGCCAAGGCCAAUGUGCCGCCGCCGCAGCAGGGUGGGCCCGGGGCAGCCCCAGGCGGAGGUGGUGGUGGAGCUGCGCGCCGUAGCUGAACCUGUCUUACACGCGCCGCGGCUGCAAGCUCCCCAUGUGUGUUUUGUCUUUCAUGGGAGGUUAAUGCCAAAGCCGCUGCCGCAGCUGCUGCCACUGCCUCGCUAUCCCCGGCGUUUUCAGCAGAGGAUUGAACCUCUUGGGUGUCGGGUAUUUUGGGCGUGUCGGAUACAUUGGGUGCGCACACCUGGCAUGCAUAAGCCUGGUCAAAGGCCUAGGUGGCCAUGCUGUGCCAACCUCUGGUCUAGAUUGCCCUAGUCUGUGUGUGUCGGUACGUAUUGCACGUAUGGGUAUGAUGAGCCGCGCAGCGAAGGCUCGCGGCUGUGCUGUACUGGUUUCCACGCAUGUGGCGGUGGCAGUUAAGCAGGCCGUAGCCAUGUGGGCAUGCAGCUGCCAGGUAAGGUGACGCAGCACAGCGCGAGAUGAUGAGUCUAGGGGUGUGCCCGGUGUUGGGAAAAGUGGCCGUGUGUUUUAGCGCCUUAUGCAUGCUCUCAGUCACUAUUUCCGCUUGCAAAGGUGGCCGCGGGUCCUCCAUGCUGCAGGAGUGCUUGCCAGAUACGGAUGAUUUGGGUUCGGCCUCGCACAUUACGAGGUGUUAAGAGUUUGAGGACUG